CAACUCCCAGGAUUCUGCACGCGCUUAAACGACAUGGCAGAGGGCUCAGGGUCUCGGCAUCGCUCGCUGUAUAAACUGGUGGGCUCGCCGCCUUGGAAAGAGGCUUUCAGGCAGGGAUGCUUGGAGAGAAUGAGGAACAGCCGGUACAGGCUCCUGAACAAAUACCGCCAGGCUGGAGGCAAUAUGUCAGGAGGAGCUCAGAACACCGUUCUAGUGCAGGAGGUGAUGGAAGAAGAGUGGAAUGCUUUGCAGUCGGUGGAGAGCCAGCCAGAGGCCUUGGCUCAGUUGGAGGAGCCGCUGGACCUGGCCGUGCUGGAGGAAAUCCAACAGGAGCUGAUUGAUCAAGAGCAGUCCAUCAUCAGCGAGUACGAGAAGAGCUUGCAGUUCGAUGAAAGGUGUCUCAGCGUCAUGCUGGCUGAGUGGGAAGCAAACUCCCUCAUCUGUCCUGUGUGUACAAAGUACAAUCUGAGAAUAGCAAGCGGUGUGGUCAUGUGUCAGUGUGGCCUGUACAUCCCGUCUCAUUCUCCAGAGGUGACAGAGCAGAAGUUUCGCGCCUGUUUAGAAGACAGCGUGAAGGGGCACGGCGCACGCUGUCCCCACACGCCGGCAUUUUCGGUCACUGAAGGAACAGAGGCCAAGUCCAGUCUUCUCAUGAGCUGUCUGGCCUGUGAUACUUGGGCUGUGAUCCUCUAGAGCCAAGCCUGACGCACGUGAUCCACUGGGCUGGAAACAAGUUCUGUCUCGAGAAGGGGCCUUGUAAAUACACGUCUUUCAUUUAUAACUUAUUUUGUAUUAAAAUGUUUCAAAGUUU